CACGAAAAUGGCCACAGCACGAGAAGAGUACCGCAUAAUUUCUUACGGGAAGUUGCUCAUAGAGCUAUCGAAUGCACUAUCUACCAAAGAUCUGGAAAAGUUAGUAUCUGCUGCGGAGGACUUUCUUCCCUCGGGGAUAAUAGAAAAUACAGGAAGUGGGCUGCAGUUGUUUACUGCUCUACAGAAAGAUGACAAAAUUGGCCCAACAAAUUUGACUUUGCUACAGAAUAUAUUUGAGACAAUCGGCAGAGUGGAUCUCUCGCGGAGAAUUCAGGAUUUUUCAAUUACAACCGACAGAAUUGAGCCUGAAGCUAAGCUACAUGACUUAGUGAGCGACGAGGGAAGGAAUGACAAUGAUCAUACAACUAAAGAAAGAGAUCCUUGUGACACAGUAAACCCUGCUGGAAAUAAAAACUCCUCUCUGAGAUCAAUGGGAACACAUCCAGCGCCCUUGCCAGCACCCGCAGGACAGCAAACGGGGCCCACUCAAGUCGCUUCAUCUUCCCGAUUCCAACUUGAUCCAGCUAUUGAACCGGAACCUGCGCGAUAUGUUAACUUUCUAUUUUACGAGGGUUACUCGGUGGAAAUAUUGGGUGGAAAACACUUUAAGACCCGUGAUGGAGAGUUUGUGGAAGUGAAAAGUGGAACACAGUUACAACACGAAGGAAUUUCUUCCAUGACAGCCUUCAAGUUCUUCUCUUUGUCUAUCUUCAAGGCAUGCGAGUCACCAUUCUGUUCUUCCACAGUUAUGUGA